GGUACCGCGGAGCCUGCCUCUCGGGGCGCAGUCGCUCUCACCGGAGCAUGGAGGAGACGAAGGACCCAGCCGCGGUCGGCGCGGGGAUGGAGGCCGACAGGCCGGAGAGCGCCCAGGAGCUGCCCCCUUCGCUCCCCUCACCGCCGCCGCCGCCAUCCCCGCCGCCGCCUGCGACCCCAGAGACCUCCGAGCUCCUACAGCCCGAGCCGUCGGAGGCCAAGGCCCGGCAGCUGCUGCUGGACGAAUGGGGGCCGCUGGGCGAGAGCCUGCUGCUGCCCCCGAGGGUCACCUGGACGCUGCUGCUCCAGCGGCGGCCGCUCUACCGCAACCUGCUGCACUCGCCCAACCCCGAGGGCAUCAACAUUUACCAGCCCGCACCCCCUACCCGUCCCACCCGACAGCCCCUGGAGGCUCUGGGCAAUUUCCGAGGAUGGCACAUCCGGACAGAGCUGCUCCAUCAGAACCUCAGCUGGACAGUGAAGCAGCAGUGUGUGAACCUCCUGGCCGAGGGCCUGUGGGAGGAGCUACUGGAUGACGAGCAGCCUGAUGUCACCAUCAUGGACUGUGCCCUGCCUGCCCCCACUUCUCUGCCUGUGCCUCUGCUCUUCCCCGCUGGCCGUCGCUGGCUGUCCCUGCUGGGUGACAUGUCUGGCCUACUGGACUGUGCCUCCCAUGAGGACAGACAGGGUAUGAGGACAGCCGGCUGGACCAGUGCGUCUAUGAGCUGCACGUCUGGCUGCUGGCAGCGGACCGCCGCACAGUCAUUGCACAGCACCACGUGGCCCCCCGCAGCCCCGGGAGGGGCCCAGCUGGCCACUGGAUCCAAGUGUCACACGUGUUCCGCCAGUAUGGCCCUGGGGUGCGCUUCAUCCACUUCCUGCACAAGACCAAGAACCGCAUGGAGUCCGGGGGGCUGCGGCGCACAAGGGUGACCGACUCCUCCGUGUCGGUGCAGCUCAGGGAGUGACAGGCUGACCCCGUGCCUCCCUGGCCCUGUAGCACCCGCUUGGCCUUUAAAAGUUCCUAGUCCUGGGCUCCUCUCUGUUCCUUUGUCACUUCUCUGACCUCUUGGCAUUUCUCUCCCUGACCCUUUAGCUCCACUGUGUCCCCUUAGCACCAUCUUGCCCCUUCCUGACCCCUCAGCAUCUUGGUCCAACUCUGGUCCUUGCAUUUGGCCUGGCCCUUGGCUUCUCCUUUGACCUUUUCAUACCCCCCCCCCCCCGUGUCUGACUCUGGUUUUCUGAGCUCCAGGCGGGCAGGGGCCACUCCUUGCAAAUUCAGUGUUUGUCAGAUAGUAGAUGCUCAAUAAAUCUUCACUGAAUGAAAGCAUACACACAAGCCCAAGGACACUGAGUGCUUCUCUGACCUCUCCUCCUUAUAGUUUCUCUCAGUUCACAUCCCCUCGGCACAUCCCCCAAUCCUUGAUUGUCCAGCUCCCUUGGAUCAUUUGCAUCAACCUUGACCUCUGAACUCUGUGUACAGCCUCCUGCUGGCUCCACUUACCUCUUCUCCCAUAGCCCUGAACUCUCAGGAAUUCCUCAAAUCCCCUCCUGGUUUCAACCAGUUAUUGCCCCAGAUCUGUCUCCUCACCUCUCUUCCAGGACCCCUUGGGUCUCUUCUCUACUUCUGCCAGAGUCCCUAGGCCCCAACAGCCCUCUAGGGUCCUCAUCCCUGGGGGCACUGAGAACACAGAUUGUAACCUGAACAGAAACACGACAAUUUGAACCAAA